GCGGGACCACCGGCCGGCGCGGUUCCGGGUCUCUGGCCGCGGCACAGCCCAGGGCGCACUUGACCCGGUCGGCAGCGGGUAAGGGCGCGUCUGGGGAGAACCCCCGAGCGCCGCGGCGGUCUCCACCCCCGUCCUCGAGGCCACCGAGCCACAGUCACAGUCGGAGCCGGCGCCACCUCGUCCCUAGGCUCGCGCUCCCCUAGCUAUGGCUUUCGCCAAUUUCCGUCGCAUACUGCGCCUGUCCACCUUCGAAAAGAGAAAGUCCCGCGAAUAUGAACACGUCCGCCGGGACCUGGACCCCAAUGAAGUGUGGGAGAUCGUGGGCGAACUGGGCGAUGGCGCCUUCGGCAAGGUUUACAAGGCCAAAAACAAGGAGACAGGGGCCUUGGCUGCAGCCAAAGUGAUCGAGACCAAGAGCGAGGAGGAGCUGGAGGACUACAUCGUGGAGAUCGAGAUCCUGGCCACCUGCGACCACCCCUACAUUGUGAAGCUGCUGGGCGCCUACUACUACGACGGGAAACUCUGGAUCAUGAUCGAGUUCUGUCCUGGGGGAGCCGUGGACGCCAUCAUGCUGGAGCUGGACCGGGGCCUCACCGAGCCCCAGAUUCAGGUCGUUUGCCGCCAGAUGCUGGAAGCCCUCACCUUCCUCCACAGCAAGAGGAUCAUCCAUCGGGACCUGAAAGCUGGCAAUGUGCUGAUGACCCUCGAGGGCGACAUCAGGCUCGCUGACUUUGGUGUGUCUGCCAAGAAUCUGAAAACGUUGCAGAAACGAGAUUCCUUCAUAGGAACGCCUUACUGGAUGGCGCCUGAGGUGGUGAUGUGUGAGACCAUGAAGGACACCCCGUAUGACUACAAAGCAGACAUCUGGUCCUUGGGCAUCACCUUGAUUGAGAUGGCCCAGAUCGAGCCCCCACACCAUGAGCUCAACCCCAUGCGAGUCCUGCUCAAGAUCGCCAAGUCGGAUCCACCCACACUGCUCACCCCAUCCAAAUGGUCGGUGGAGUUCCGCGACUUCCUGAAAGUGGCCCUGGAUAAGAACCCAGAAACUCGGCCCAGUGCUGCACAGCUCCUAGAGCACCCCUUCGUGAGAAGCAUCAACAGUAACAAGGCUCUCCGGGAACUGGUGGCAGAAGCCAAGGCCGAAGUGAUGGAGGAGAUUGAGGACGGCCGUGAUGAGGGGGAGGAAGAAGACUCCGUGGAUACCACCUCUCCUCUGGGGAACCACACUCAGGACUAUUCUGAGGUAAAUCAGCUCGAUGCUGACAAGCCUCUCAAGGAAUCACCUACUUCGCCAACCCCCAGCCAGCCUCAGGACCAUGUGAAUGGGCCCUGCAACCAGCCCACUGGAAACAAAUCCCUCCAAACCAACAGCCCCCCAGAAGUAGCUCCUGGAAAUGACAGUGGCCUAACUGUGCCAGCACCCAUCCGGAAGUCCCGGCCGGUGUCGAUGGAUGCCAGGAUUCAGCUAUCCAAGGAGAAGCAAGUCACUGACUGGGAGGACCUCAGUGCAUCAGCCAGUAAUUCCCAAAAGACAAGCCAGAGCCGGCCCAACAGCAGCGCCCUGGAGACCUUGGGUGGGGAGAAGUUGGCCAAUGGCAACCUGGAGCCCCCCACUCAAGUGGCUCCAGACCUGUCCAAGAGGAACUCAGACUGUGGCAGCCUCUCCACCUCCGAGAGCAUGGACUACAGCACCUCUCUCUCCGCUGACCUGUCCCUCAAUAGAGAGACCGGCUCUCUGUCCAUUAAGGAUUCCAGGCUACACAAGAAGACCCUCAAGCGGACACGCAAGUUUGUGGUGGACGGCGUGGAGGUGAGCAUCACCACCUCCAAGAUCAUCAGUGAAGAUGAGAAGAAGGAUGAGGAGAUGCGAUUUCUCAGGCGCCAAGAACUCCGGGAGCUCCGGCUACUCCAGAAGGAAGAACAUCGGAACCAGACCCAGCUUAGCAGCAAACAUGAGCUACAGCUCGAACAGAUGCAGAAACGUUUUGAACAAGAAAUCAAUACUAAGAAGAAGUUCUUUGACACAGAGUUGGAGAACCUGGAGCGUCAGCAGAAACAGCAAGUGGAGAAGAUGGAGCAAGACCAUGGGGUGCGCCGCCGGGAGGAGGCCAAGCGGAUCCGCCUGGAGCAGGAGCGGGACUAUGCCAGGUUUCAGGAACAGCUCAAGCUGAUGAAGAAGGAGGUGAAGACCGAGGUAGAGAAACUCCCUCGACAACAGCGGAAGGAGAGCAUGAAGCAGAGGAUGGAGGAGCAUGCGCAGAAAAAGCAACUUCUUGACCAGGACUUUCUAGCCAAGCAGAAGGAAGACCUGGAGCAGGCAAUGAAGAGAAUCACCACGGAGAACAGGCGGGAGAUCUGUGACAAGGAGCGCGAGUGCCUCAACAGGAAGCAGGAGCUCCUUCGAGAUCGGGAGGCAGCCCUGUGGGAGAUGGAGGAACACCACCUGCAGGAGAGGCACCAGUUGGUAAAGCAGCAGCUCAAAGACCAGUACUUCCUGCAGCGGCAUGAACUUCUGCGCAAGCACGAGAAGGAGCGGGAGCAGAUGCAGCGCUACAACCAGCGCAUGAUGGAGCAGCUGAAGGUGCGGCAGCAGCAGGAGAAGGCGCGACUGCCCAAGAUUCAGAGGAGCGAGGGCAAGACGCGCAUGGCCAUGUACAAGAAGAGCCUUCACAUCAAUGGUGGGGGCAGCGCCUCUGAGCAGCGUGAGAAGAUCAAGCAGUUCUCCCAGCAGGAGGAGAAGAGGCAAAAAGCGGAGCGACUGCAGCAACAGCAGAAACAUGAGAAUCAGAUGCGGGACAUGGCGGCCCAGUGUGAGAGCAAUACAUACGAGCUGCAGCAGCUUCAGAAUGAAAAAUGUCACCUCUUGGUGGAGCACGAAACCCAGAAACUGAAGGCACUGGACGAGAGUCAUAACCAGACGCUGAAGGAAUGGCGGGAUAAGCUUCGGCCACGCAAAAAGGCUCUGGAAGAAGAUCUGAACCAGAAGAAAUGGGAGCAGGAGAUGUUCUUCAAACUAAGUGUGGAAGCAGAGUCUCUGAACCCUCCUACCCCAAACAAGACCACCAAGUUCUUCCCCUACAGCUCUGCAGAUGCUUCUUAA